UGGCCGCACUGCCUAGAGCAUGUAUUACAACGAUUACCGAUCGAUCUCCAGAAAGAAUCAACUGCCAAGAUGGCUGAAGAAUCUUCUACGUCUGAACUUGCUGACGAGUCGGAAAUCAACGUCGUGGCUCCCGAAGACGAAGAACAGGAGUCUCGUAAGUGAUAGAUUUUACGCCAUUAUCGUUCGCUGGGCUGCUGCCGAGCUACCGCUUUGGCUCCGGAGCACUCGUUCAUGAACAGCUCGCCUUGCAUUUGCAGAAGGCAGAAGCCGAAAGCUAAUACCCGUAGCUGUUGUGGUCGGUCUGUUGCUCGCCCUGGCAUGCAUCGUUGGCGUAUACUUCCUGGUCACAUAUGACGAGAGCGAGGAAGACGAGGAAAUCUUCACCGAAAGCGCCCUGGGCGAGGACGAAAACAACAUGGCUGCCGGUGACAUCGUCAACGAGACAUCGUCAAAUACGUCAGGCGGCGAUGCAGGUACGGAAACUACUACAAAGGGCACGCCUGAUAGAAUGGAUAUCUAUACACGCCCGAUCACGGUGAUGUUUCUCGGAGAUAGCGACUACGGUUACACGUCUAGAGCGGAUUUUAUGAUCUACGGUCAAAGUAUUCUGAAUGUGGUGAACGCAUUUUUCGCGUCUCUGGAUAUCAAGAUAAAGAUGAAAGCGGUGCAGGCAUCUACACUGACGAAAUCGCAACUGGCAUAUUUACAAACAGGGAUCCCUAAAACACUAUCUUCCAUCCAGUCGAUAUUGAACGAAAGUGCGGAGGCCAAAGCAGCCGAUUUGGUGUUCGUGCUCUCAGGGUAUGUUCCUAUCACAAAAUCGGGCACUUACGCUGCAGGUAACCCAAAUUCGCUCUGCAGUGAAUCCAAGGUAGCCGUCUUUGCAGAUAGUCGCUAUUCUUACUUUUGCUUGAGGGCCCUACUUCAAGAGAAUCUCAUCUUCCGCAUACUGACGAACCCAAGAAACUGCCAGAGUCUUCGAAGCCAAUGCGCGUACAAUGACAUGCUCGACAGAUAUAGAGAAGCCCUUGCGAGUGGCAAGUGCCAAAACACGAACGAAACCUUCGAACCAACCACAUUCUCGGGGGUUGCGUACUUUGCUAUUAACCGGUAUUGCACAAUCAUCGGCAGGGAGGGCGGGUCGAAUCAAGUAAGCUGUCUUGAAUUCUAUUAUGUAACACUCCCAGACAACACUCAUGAAACAACGAAUCUUUAA